GACUGGAUGUGGUUGUAACUAUGGUCAUGUCAGGGUUGGGGGCGUGGGCCCUCUCCCCCGGUGGCCUUGUGCUGGUCAUCUGUUCGUCUGUGUGUCUGUCCCAGCAGCCUCAUAUCAAACCAGCAGACUGUAGCAGAAAGGAACAUCCUGUUGUCUCCUACCAAGCGUUGAGGCCAUGGGUGUCAGAGUUCUCCCAUCCAGGAGUGAAGGAUUUCUCCCAGCUGGCCCUGGACCUGAGCAGAAAACAGCUCGUUGUGGGGGCAAGAAACUUCCUCUUCAGACUGAGUUUGAGCAACGCCUCGCUCAUACAGGCGACAGACUGGUCCCCAGAUGAAGACACAAAGCGCUCAUGUCAAAGCAAGGGGAAGUCCGAGGAGGAGUGUCAGAACUACAUUCGGGUUUUGUUGAUAAGCGGGAGGAGGCUCUUCACAUGCGGGACCAAUGCUUUCACCCCCGUCUGCAUAACCAGGCAGGUUGAUAACAUCAGUCAGGUGUUGGACACAGUGAACGGUGUCGCCCGAUGUCCCUAUGACCCUCGGCACAACUCCACCGCCAUGGUAACGGAGAGGGGAGAGCUGUAUGCCGCCACGGUGAUCGACUUCUCCGGGCGCGACCCCGUCAUCUACAGGAGCCUGGGGAACAUGCCGCCCCUGCGCACCGCCCAGUACAACUCCAAAUGGCUCAACGAGCCUCAUUUUGUGUCUGUUUAUGAGAUCGGUCGGUUUGCCUACUUCUUCCUGAGAGAAACUGCAGUGGAAAACGACUGCGGGAAGAUGGUGUUCUCUCGUGUGGCGCGGGUCUGUAAGAACGACAUGGGCGGACGCUUCCUUUUGGAGGACACAUGGACCACCUUUAUGAAGGCCCGACUUAACUGCUCACGCUCAGGAGAAAUUCCCUUUUACUACAACGAGCUGCAGAGUACCUUUUACCUACCAGAGCAGGACCUGAUCUAUGGCAUCUUCACCACUAAUGUAAACAGUAUAUCAGCUUCUGCUGUCUGUGCCUUCAAUAUGAGCUCCAUCACCCAGGCCUUCAAUGGACCCUUUCGCUACCAGGAGAACCCCCGCACUGCCUGGCUCUCCACCCCAAACCCAAUACCCAAUUUUCAGUGUGGCACACUAGAGGAGGGAGGCCCCGGGGGGAACCUGACAGAGCGCAGCCUCCAGGACGCCCAGCGACUCUUCCUAAUGAAUGAUGUGGUCCAGCCGGUCACUGUCAACCCUCUGCUCACCCAGGACAACCUGCGCUUCUCCAAGCUGGUUGUGGACAUCGUGCAGGGCCGAGACACCCUCUACCAUGUCAUGUACAUCGGCACUGAAUACGGCACCAUCCUGAAGGCUCUCUCCACAACCAAUAAAAGCCUUCAUGGCUGCUACCUGGAGGAGCUCAGGAUCCUCCCAGAAGGGCAAAUCGGACCAAUUAAGAGCCUGCAAAUCCUCCACAGUGACAGAUCUUUGUUUGUUGGGCUUGAUGACAGACUGGUAAAGAUCCCACUAGAGCGCUGCUCCAGCUACCCAACUGAACGUCACUGCAUGGAAGCUCGGGACCCGUACUGUGGCUGGGAUCACAAACAGAAGCGCUGCACCACCAUUGAGGAGAGCUCCAACAUGAACCAGUGGACCCAAAAUGUCACUGAGUGCCCAGUGAGGAACCUGACACAGGAUGGCGGGUUUGGUCCUUGGGCGCCAUGGCAACCUUGUAACCAUGAUGACGGCGAGGGCUCUGUCAGCAGCUGUGUGUGUCGGUCCCGCUCGUGUGACGGACCUGUGGCCCGAUGUGGUGGGGUCGGAUGUAAGGGCUCAACUAUCCAGGUGGCAAACUGUUCCAGGAAUGGCGGCUGGACUCCCUGGUCUUCAUGGGGCCAGUGCAGCAGCAGCUGCGGUAUCGGAUUUGAAGUGCGGCAGCGGUCCUGCAACAACCCCUCGCCACGCCACGGUGGUCGAAUCUGUGUUGGCCAGGGUCGAGAGGAGAGGCUGUGCAAUGAGAAGAAGCCCUGUCCUCUGCCAGUGUUGUGGACGGCGUGGGGUCCCUGGGCUCACUGCAGUGCUGAAUGUGGAGGGGGCGUCCACUCCAGGACCAGAGUUUGUGAGAAUGGCAACAGCUGUCCUGGAUGUUCCAUGGAGUAUAAGGCCUGUAACCUGGAGGCCUGCCCUGAGGUUCGCCGCAACACCCCCUGGACCCCCUGGAUGCCGGUCAAUGUCAGUCAAGAUGGGUCAAGGCAAGAGCAGAGAUUCAGGUACACCUGUCGGGCGCUGCUCCCUGACCCCCAGCAGCUCCAGCUGGGCAAGAAGAAGGCGGAGACCCGGUUCUGCCCCAAUGACGGGUCUGGAGCCUGCCAGACUGACUCUCUGGUUGAAGACUUGGUAAAGACUAGUGGGCGAACUCUGUCCCAGCCCCAAGGUGUACGCUGGGGACUGUGGGAAACGUGGUCCAGCUGUUCUCAGCAGUGUUCCAGAGGCUUCCGAACCCGGAAACGUAGCUGCUCGUCAGCCGAGGGCAGGACCAACCCCAGCGCCUGCGUGGGAUCCCCAGUGGAGUAUCAGGACUGCAACAUUACACCCUGCCCAGUAAGUGGAGCCUGGUCUUGCUGGUCCUCCUGGUCCCAGUGCUCGGCCAGCUGUGGGGGCGGACACUACCAGCGGACUCGGACGUGCAGUAAUCCACCCCCUGCCAGUGGAGGAGACAUCUGUAUAGGCCUGCACACUGAAGAGGCGCUCUGUAAUACUCAUGUCUGUGAAGGUUGGGGUGAAUGGACAGAGUGGGGGGACUGUGACGAGGAGGGUCUGCAGCAUCGCACUCGUCACUGUGGCGAAGACCAAGAGGCUGAGGUCAGUCUCUGCCAGGGCAACCUCACCCAGUCUAGGCCAUGCCAGCCUCAUGAGGUGCCGGUUAUUUUGCCCGGACAGGAGGACCAAAGCUGUGGAACCUUUACUUUGUUCCAGUUGGUAGCAGUGGGCUCGGCCAGCUUCUUUGCAGCAGCGUUACUGUCGGCACUCGCCUACUCCUAUUGCCACCACCUGAACCGACCGGCGCCAGAGUCAGCAGUCAUCCACCCCAGCACGCCCAACCACCUCACCUACAACAAGCAGGGCAACGCCACGCCAAAGAAUGAGAAGUACAUCCCCAUGGAGUUUAAGACACUAAACAAGAACAAUCUCCACGUGAAUGACGAGACAUGCAACCACUUCCCCUCCCCGCUGCCCUCCAGCAACAUAUUCACCACCACCUACUACCCUACCAGCCUGAGCAAGUAUGACUUCCACCCAGACUCCCCCUGCAGGACCUACAUGCACAGCUGAGAGGCGGUCGGGCUCUGAAAACAACCCAAACACCACCCUGAAGUGUUUCCUCAUUUGAAAAGAUUUUGAUAGAUGAUCCUGUUGGUCAAGAUAGUCUUAAAGUAAACACCAAAACCAUUCUAAUGUUUCAGUCCAAUCUGUAGAUCUGUUCAUCUUAAAGGCUCUAUUCACUUAAAUUUAUCACACAGAGAGUUUUGGCUUUGUUUGCCCACGUUUUUAAGUUGCUGACAGAAACUAAAACAACAUUAAGCAAACAUUUUUUUUUUCAGAAACAGUUUUUCCUUUACUCUAGAUAACCCACGGACCUAUUUACCAGAGGAACUAUUUCUUCACUAGAACGUUGAUCGUGUAGCAACUCAGUGUAACAUUAUUGGAUUUCAAUUAUAUAAUAGGUCAACUGUUUUACAUGAUGCGAAGUUAUAGCAUCAUGUGCAGUUUUUCAUUAAUGAGUUGCUACAGCAUGCCAAGAAAUUUGCGGUGCAGAGCAUACAGCACUGGCUUGUGAAAUUUCAGUGAAGAAUUGCAGCCAUCUCCUCUGGAAGUGUAUAUGCGCCGUAUACAACCAAUUAUACAUACAUGCUAUUGUUUUCUUGUAUUUGUAGAAUUUGUUGCAUUGCACUGACCCUUUAGCUGGUGCUGUGGAGCAAAUGUUUGUUAGCCAUCACAUAGGGUUUGGUCAUAUUAGCCUUCCGUUCCCUUAUACAAUUUUUUCUCUCCCGGUACCAAUUUUGAUACCUGAACUUUGCCUAUUGGCCGAUAAGAGUACCGAUCUGAUACAUGUGCAUUAAAAAAAAUAUACAUGUGCUUUAUGUUUUUAAUGAGCAUAUACUACUAAGCCUGUAUGAUUGCUGUCAUUGUUGCAUGGCUUGGCUCAGGAUAAACCCUUUGUCAGAAUCAGAGUAGUCAUGGCUUUGCUAUACUGGGACUAUACUGUUUUGAGGCUGCGUACUCACAGAUCCCUGAUGCUGCAUUUUAGGCAGUACCGAAGGAAUUUCUGAUACUGGUAUUGGUAUCAGAACAACUCUAUAAUCCAAACAUUCAGUGAACACAGACUGUACGUAGUCAAUGAGAGCGAUGCUGCAGUUCGUAUUCUGGCAGUAUCUAAAGAAGAAGUGAUGGCCUACAAUAUAUAUUUAUCAGUUUUACGGGCUUGAAUAUUCAUAGAUAUUUGUGCACCUUGAGUACCUUGGUUUUUUUCAAAUGCCUGUAUUUUCACAACACUUGCAAAGUCUCCAGUGAAAGCUGCAGGCCUGUUGUUUUCUCCCAUUCUUCAAAAUACUGUUGCUUCUUUAGUUUGAGGCAGAAGAAGAAGCAACCAAUGCAAGAGAUAUGCAGCAGCCUUUACCCUUCUAAGAAAGAAGCAUGUUUUCACUCACUCUCUAAAUGAAACCAGUACCUACCUACAGUAUUGGUGGGGUCCCCUUCCUCUUACUUCACCCACCCUAAGGUGCUCCAUUUGUGCUCAGGGCAGUAUGGAAGCAGGGUGGGACCCAGAACUCCAGGGCUUCAACUGGACUUCAGACAUUUUAUGUACCUUUCCACUGGACUCAUCUCGUCAACUGGUUGUUGUUUUUGUCCUUUUCCUCAUUUUCGGCAGGUGGAUUCAGAGGACUCUGUAAUACUGUGAACUGUUUGGCUCAGACCCUUAAGUGUGUGUUGCCAUCAGUAAAGACUGCUGACUGUGAUGUGUCAUCCUUUACUCUGUGUGAAUGGAGUGAAGAAAUGAACAGAGAAUUGCUUUAAUUUUCAUGUUUAGCAGAGUCCACAUCAGAAAACAACACUGAAGAGGACAUUCUUGCCACACCUCGCUUUGUACUGUACAUUGUAAAAAAUGCAAGUUUGUUGACUUUUCUGUCAGCAGAUUUUAUGAAUUAUUUUAGUGGUGUUCACAGAUGUCACUGUUUGUAUCUGUAUCUGCUGAGGCAAAAUUUUGUGAUUUUGUAAUCAUAUGGGGCGUUUUUUUGGU